CAGUCUUAUCUCUACUCCACAGACAAUAUUUACUUGUCAACUCUAACCCAAUUGGACAGGAGCAAAAAAGAAAUGCUGAGAGCACAUAGCAGUGCUGUUUCAAUGGAGACAGCUUUAAGAAAUCAGUUAGUACUAAGCCAUGGAUGCAGGAGUUUUAACUGCGACAUGAUACUGAAACCAAGUUCAGUUAACAUUGCUGAGAAUUUUCCUUCUAUUUCUCUCCAUCACUCUUACUUGAUAAAGGUGAAAAGGCCAAGAAUAAUAGAGGUAUGUGCGAUGAGAAGGAGAAGGCUCUCUCGGAGAACUGAAACCUAUGUGCUAUUAGAACCUGGACAAGAAGAGAAGUUUGUAUCUGAAGAAGAGCUAAAAGCCAAGUUGAAAGAUUAUCUUGAAAAUUGGCCAAGAAAGGUCUUGCCUCCUGAUCUUGCAAGAUUUGAAAACAUUGAUGAUGCAGUUUCUUUCUUGGUAAGCUCAGUUUGUGAACUUGACAUUGAUGGAGAUGCAGGUUCAGUCCAAUGGUAUGAAGUUCGUUUGGAAUGAGAAUAACAUUAUGAUUUUCAAUCUCAUACUGCAAAAUAGAUCAUAACUAGAAAAAUUUGUUACUGUUGGGGUGCAUUUAUAGUCAAAUAAUCUUGCUAGCUA